GACCGCUUUCACUAGACUCACCCUUGCACGCAUCCUGUGCUACAUUUGUACUUUACUACGAGAGCUGGUUUGCUCAUUCGCUGCUGAGAGUUCGUGCCAACUUUAAAGGGCGUCAGUCGUUCCGGUAUUUCCAGAGGACGGUGAGAGUGCAGAAGAGCAAGAGUUUGCCGGAGGGACUCAGAGGGCAGGAACAGGUGCGUCCGGUCUGAACCACCUGAAUGAGACACACCUGUUUCAGUGGGCGGAGCCACAGCAGGUGACAGACAGCCAUAACAGAAGACAGACGGGAGAGCCACACACAGAAGGAGACGCAGCACGCAGGAUGUUUAAGAGGAAGGAAUACAGUCCUGUCAAGGCCGGGCAGUCGCAGGCCAGUGACAUGCUGGCUUUGACCACACGCUUACAGCAGAACUCCGAUCAGGUGGAGAAGAACAUCCUGCUGGCCAAUAAACUGCUGCUGGAGGACCUGGAGAACAAGCGUGCGGGCUCUCCUCUCAAACAGCAGGGUCCCGCCGCCGAGAACCUGUCUCAGGCCGAGAUCUUACUGAAGGAUCUCUUCAUGGACCUGAGCAAAGCCAGAAAGCUGAAGCACCCGCAGGCCGGCGAGAUCGAGCUGGAUGUGAGUAAACUGCACGAGUGCUGGUCCAAAUACUGCGGCACCUACAGAGAUCUCUACGGCCAGCUGCACGAGCUCUAUCUGCCGCCUGGCCUCGACUGGAGCAGCCUGCUGUCUGAUAAACAGAAGCUGAUUCAGGAAGAUGUUUACGGUCCGACUCUGUCUGAUGUGGAGAAACAGAUUGCAGUCCACAACAUUCUGCAUAAACAGAUGGAGGCGUAUCGCUCGGCUCUGGAGAGCAGCGGCAGGGAGGAGAGGUCCGUCGUGAGGAACGAGCAGCGUCUGGCGGAUCUGAGAGAGCUUUGCACCAGCAUCGCUCCUCUACACCUGCGCCGGAGCACCACAGACAAACCCAUCAAUGCUAUCGCUCUGUGUGACUGGAGCACUGAGAAGGACUCUGUGAAGAAAGGCGACAAGGUCGCGCUGGUCUCUGAUCCCAGAGAGGAGAUCUGGGAGGUGAAAUCCACCUCAGGAGAGACCAAGCUCAUCCCAGGAGUCUGUUUCCUCAUCCCUCCACCCGAUUCAGGUGCCAUCGACAGGGUGGACGGUCUGAGCAGAGAUUUCUCUGAUCUGAAGAGGACGAGGUCGGCUCUACAGGCCCAGGUGAAGACACCUGCAGUGGAGGUCACGCAGUUCGUAAAACAAGUCGCUGUGGCCACCGUUCCUGACAGCGCAAAGGCCGGCCUCAUUGACAGCCGGCUGGAACAGAUCUAUUUAGACCUGCUGAAGUUAGAGAAAGACAUGCAGAACCGAAUGAGGUCUCCGUUAGAUCGCGCCGCACCCAUCGGAGAUCUGUCUUCCAGAAUCAAAGACCACGAUAGUUUUGUCACGAUUCUAAAGAACCUGGAGGCAGAGAAAGCAUCGGCUCAGAGGGACAUGGAGCCCCUGAUAUCCCAGAAACCCCUGGGGCCCACCACGUCCUCACUGCCUCUGAAACUAAGCAAAAUCAACAACAAAACCGACGACAUCACCGCCCUCUCUGAUCUCUACCACAAGAAGGUCACGUCUUCCAUGUUCCUGGAGAAACAGAUCAAGAAGGUGUGCAAUAUGCUGACUGCGUUCGAGGAUCAGUUGGCUGCAGACACUGGCAUAUUUGAUGAACCCAAUGCCAUCCGCAACCACUCCAGACAGCUGCAGACCAUGAUUAAAGAUGUUAUAUCCAAGAAAGAUGACAUUCAGCAGCUGAACCGUGAGUUGGAAGUCACAGAGCAGGCAUGUAGCUCCCUGCAGAAGAGCUUCCAGGAGUAUUGCCCUGAUAUCCGCCACCAAGAGACCGAGGUCAAGCACUUGAGGAAUCGCUACUCUAACAUCAAAAGCCAGCUGCAGCAAAGGCCAACUCUGUUGCAAGAGGUGGUCAAUAAAAAUAAGGAAUUUAACAGUGCCAACCAGUCACUCACUGCUUUCCUCAUCAAUAUGCCCAACAACGAAGUUCGGCCUGGUGAAAGUGUGUCGCAAAUCUAUGCCAAGCAAAACUCUCAGUUGAGGGCAGUUGAAGACAUCAAGAGAAAGCAGGAUGAUGUAAACCGGUUGGUGAAAAUUUCUCGUGAACUGCAGGGCAUUCUUAACGAGUAUGAUCUGAAUUCUAACAAAUACCGCAGUGCAUUGGGAAAACCAGAAAUAAACACAAAAAUACUUGAUUACAUCACAAUGGCUGAAGCUGUGCAGAGGAAGGAAAGGGAUGUUGUGAACCUUUACUCUGAAGUAUCAGCACAGAAUAAUCAACUACUGAAUCAAGUGAUCUUGGCCAAGGACCUCAUCAACAAGAAUGAUGAAAUUGUGAGCCAUGUGGUGGUAAGGCAGCAACUUCAGAUGCAAAGUCAGCAGAGAGACAUGGACGAAGUUGACGGUCUGAAGCAAGAGCUGGCUGAGGAAAUAUCUCGCCGUGCUUAUGCCGAGAAUGAUUUAACGACCUACAGGAAACGGAUGGUGUCCCUGAAGAGUCGGAGAGGUGUGGAGCGAGUGGAAGAAAAGGAAACUGUGCAUUACUACCGUGAUCAGAAGCUAGAGGCCAACUUGGAAGCACUUAAGAGGAGGAUAACAGAAGAGAUACAUAAGCGAUCCGAAUUGCACACAGAAAUUGAGAUUGUCAACAAAAAAAUGGUCAGUCAUGAACGUGAAAUUAUCGAAGUGAAGCCCAAGCUGGUGACAAAGGUGCUUACAGAAAUUGAGCGUGAUCCCAAAUUGGAUGUUGAAGCCACGAGGAUCAGGGAGCUCAUACUCAAACUAAGGGAGGAAAUUCGAGUGCACGAGAGUGAAACGGUACAUAUGAGAACGGAAGUUACUGUCUUGGAGAGCAAGAGGCCUGUGAUAAAAGAGAAAGUGGUUCUGAAAGAGGUCGUGAAGCUGGAAAAAGACCCCGAAAUGUUAAAAGCUGUGAUUACCUUCAAGAACGAGGUUGCGGAUGAGGGUAUCAGAUGCCAGAACCUGAAUGAUCAGAUAUUCCAGAUUAGGAGUCAGAUCAAUAAUCUGGAGAGGAUUAUUCCAACUAUACAACCGAAAACUAUCAUCAAGGAGGUGAAAAAGGUGGAGCAGGAUGCCGAACUCCUACAAGAGUCCAAGACUCUCCGUGUACACCUGGAAGAACUGAUCCGAGAAUACAGUACUUUGAUGAAAGAGUUCUCCAGCCUUCAGCUCCGCUACAGCCAAGUGGAGACCAUCAAACAAAAGAUAGAGUUUAAUGAGAUCAUCCAUGAGAUAUUCAGAAUUGACCCUGAGACAGAGGUGGAACUGAGACGGCUGAGAAAUGAGCUUCUUGAAAUAAGCAGACGGCGUACUAGCUUUGAAAAUGAGAUCAACGUGAUCAUGGUGGAUCUGAAGACUCUGCGCUCUGAGAAGCCCAAGGUUGAACUGAAGGAAGUGACUCGAGAGGUGGUGAAAGAAGAGAGGAGUCCUGAAAUUGUCAAAGAAAUCAAGAGGUUGAAUGAGCAGCUCACCAUUUUGAGAACCAAUUUCGACUCCACUAUGAAUCGGGUGAUUCGUCUACGCAAGGACAGGGAUGAGUGGAAGGCCGAAAGAUCAAAGGUGGAGACCAAAGUGGUGACCAAAGAAUUUAUAAGGUAUGAAAAUGACCCUCUCCUGGAGAAGGAAGCUGAACGUCUCAGGAGGGAAGUACGUGAGGAAGUUCAACGUCGUCGAACAGUGGAGGAGAAUGUGUUUGACCUUAAAAACAAGUACAUUGUGCUGGAGAGACAGAGACCAGAGGAAAGGGUUGUGGUCCAAGAAAUUGUGCGCCUCCAGACAGAUCCCAGUCAGAUUCUGGCUCACGAGAGGUUAGUCAAGACUUUGGAAGAGACCAUCAAGGUUCGUAGGCAGCUAGAACUGGAGGUGCAGCAGAUGAGAUCUCUAGUCCUGGAGCUGGAGAAAAAACUGGAGCUUGUGGAUCGGCAGAAGAAGAUCCUAGUGGAGACAGAGCUGAGACAAAUCAAGGCUAGAAUCUAUGAACUUGAAACUUGCCCAACACCUGUUGAGGAAAAGAUUGUUAUAGAGGAGGUUUUGAAAGUUGAGAGAGACCCUACAGUCGACAAACUAAUCACUGACUUUCGCGUUACCAUGGAAAGCGAGGGUGCCAGAAUUACCCACCUGGAGAGAGAUAUUCGAAACCUCAAAAUCAGGAUAGAGUCCCUGACCAAAGAGAAAUCUGUGGAGAGGGUCAUCCACAAAGAGGUUAUCAGGGUUGAGAAGGACCAAACGGUGGAGGCUGAGAGAGAAAACCUUAGAGCUCAACUCACCCAGUUGAAGAAUGCUAGAGCCCUCAAAGAUGAAGAGCAUCUGCGACUCAACAACAAAAUAACUCGAAUUCAGACAACCAGAACAAAUUUCUCUCAAGAGGAGACCACCUUGAUUGUUUACAGGGAUAGAAUCAAGAAAGAGACGCAUGAACUUCUCCAGGAAUUGAGAAGACUGGAGUCUCAAAAGCAGGAGAUCACCAUAACUUUCCAACAUCAUUCCAAGCUCUUGAGUGAGAGGAACCAAGUCAGCAGGCAAAAGAGCAUCAAGCUGGAGUCUGAGAUCCAGCGUCUGGAGAGAGAAAUCCUGGAAGUGAAAGAGCUUAUCAACCAACGGGAAAUUACUAUCAUGGAGCUCCAUAAACAAGCAAAGGAGGCACAACAUACAGAGACAAACACCAGAGAGACUAACGUCUCCACCAAAAUCACCAUUCUGGACCAAGAGACCGGCAAAGACAUGUCAGCCUAUGACGCCUAUGUUGAAGGUCUGAUUGAUCGCAAUCAGUACAUCCACUUCCAAGAGCUUGAGUGUAGUUGGGAGGAAAUCACAACCACCGGUCCUGAAGGUGAGACCACGCUUCUGCAGGAUCGUAAAAGUGGAAAGCAGUACUCCAUCAAGACAGCCCUGCAAAAUGGCAGACUGACCCAGUAUGACCUUCAGCGCUACAGAGAGGGCAAAAUGUCCAUUUCAGAGUUUUCUCUUCUGGUCGCAGGGGAGAAGAAAUCAACAUCCUUCCCUGCUCUAAGUGCAACGCAAACAACAACUGUUCAGACACUCGCUCCAACAAGCCAGAGCUACAACUCCUCCUCUUCAUUGACGCGCCGCCUGUCCUACUCCAGCAAUAGCAACUUAAACUCACUGCUGAUCACCAAUGGAGAUGAGCUCUUCCCGAUUUCUGGCAUCUUAGAUGUCACCACAGACAGCCGCAUGUCUGUACGAAGUGCCCUAACACGCAAACUGAUUGAUCAAGACACAGCGAUGAGACUUCUGGAAGCUCAGGCCGCCACUGGAGGUAUUGUGGAUCUGAACAAGAAGGACAAGCUCUCCAUUCACAAGGCAGCAGAGCAUGGAUUGAUUGAUUCGAGCCAUCUUCACAAACUCCUCAGUGCCCAGAAGGCCUUUACUGGUUUUGAAGACCCCAUGUCCAAAGAGCGAAUGUCCGUGGGAGAAGCCGCCCGCAGGGGAUGGAUCCCCAACGACAGUGGCAUGUGGUUCAUGGAGGCGCAGAUGCUGACCGGCGGACUGGUAGACCCGAACCGAGCAGGUCGCAUUGACAUGCAAAAUGCUGUUGACACAAAACUGAUCGACGCAUCUGUGGCCAAGAAACUUCAGGAUGAUUCAGCAUUCGUGAAGAACGUGAUCGACCCCAUCAAGAAGGAAAAGAUCACAUAUAAGGAGGCCAUGGCUCGAUGCAAGAGGGACUACACCACAGGGCUGCUCCUGCUCCCAGCUGCCUCGACUGACACUGUUGACGCUCCAUCCUAUGCCAGCUACAAAUUCUCCAGAAGAUAAAGACAAACCCAAGAGUGAAAACAGAUUUAAGUGCUGCAUAACAAGGGACUUUUAAUUCUAGGGCUUUUUUCAUACCCAUAUAUAAGAUAAA